AUGACUGUCAAAUCAAGUUCAGCAACCACCCCAAUUGUGCCAACUUCCAGUUCAUAUAUUCUUCCUUCUCAUGGUGUUAUUAACACAAUCUCUCAGGCUAGUCAAUUUGUCACAAUCAACCCAACCUCUCAACUUCCAAUCAAGUUUACUAGUAGCAGCAAUUCCCUAACAUGGAAAGCACAAUAUGAGGUGCUCUUUCUUGGAUAUGAUCUUGUUCUAUACAUUGAUGUAACACUUCCAUGCCCGCCGGCCGCAUAUCCAAAUUGCAAAAAUUGGCUCCGACAAGAUAGUAUUAUUCGACAUGCCAUUAUGGCGUCGGUUGAUGCCACUAUUGCGUCCCUUGUUGCCGCAACGCCCAAUGCCUAUGUUGCUUGGACAAAACCCACUCAACAGUUACAAACAAGUACCAAGCCUGUCGCUCAGUAUCUCAAUGAGAUACGUGCCCUUGCUGAUGAAAUUGCCAUUGCUGAAUCCCCUAUUAAAAGUGCUUCCCUUGUGAUUAAGGUUCUUAGUGGCCUUGGUCCUGAAUACAAUGAGAUGAGUGCUGUUAUUCGCACCAGAGACACACCCAUCACUCAUGAAGAGCUUUUCGACAAGAGAAGCAGUCAUGAAGUUUUCCCUCAUCACUGA